CUUGGGUUUUUUUCCUUUGGCAGAAGGAAGAUAGAAAAAAAAAACGCAUCUAUUCUCUGCGAGAAGCGAAAUUACGUUUGAGGUUUUGACAUCCCAUUUAACCUGAAAUUCAAGCGAUGGAACAGUGGAAGGAGCAAUUAGAGCAGUUUAAGAUUCAAUUGGAGCCGUGGAAGAAUCAAGCUAAGGAUCAAUUAGAGCAGUUGAAGAAUCAGUUGGAGCCGUGGAAGAAUCAAGUGGAGCAGUGGUUGCAUCCAGCAAUUGAAUACUUGAGUCAAAUACCCCCAAUUCAACUCUAUGCUGCUAUUGUUGUCUUGCUCAUAUCUACUCUCUUUCUUUUCUCCAUCCGCUUGUUCAAACGCACAAAAUCAAAUACCAUUGUGCUCACUGGCCUUAGUGGGAGCGGGAAAACGGUUCUUUACUAUGUGCUUCGUGAUGGUACCUCACAUCAGGGUACUGUGACAUCCAUGGAACCAAAUGAGGGGACUUUCGUGUUGAACUCUGAAAGUAAUAAGAAGGGAAAAAUCAAGCCUGUCCAUCUUGUUGAUGUUCCUGGGCAUUCUCGUUUACGGCCCAAACUGGACGACUUCUUGCCUCAAGCAGCUGGCAUUGUGUUUGUUGUGGAUGCUGUGGAGUUCUUACCAAAUUGCUCUUCAGUUUCAGAAUAUCUCUAUGAUAUUUUGACCAAGGCCAGUGUGGUCAAGAAGAAAAUUCCAGUUCUCAUCUGUUGCAACAAAUCUGAUAAAGUGACCGCACAUACCAAGGAGUUCAUCAGAAAGCAAUUAGAAAAGGAAAUUGAGAAACUGAGAGCAUCAAGAAGUGCAAUAUCAGCAGCUGAUAUUUCAAAUGACUUCACUUUGGGAGUACCUGGUGAAUUAUUUUCUUUCUCUCAUUGUAGAAACGUGGUUACCAUUGUCGAAGCUUCUGGUUUCAAGGGUGAAAUAGCACAAGUAGAACAGUUUAUCAGGGAACAUGUAAAGCCCUAAAGCCUAAUCCUGAUAUUUUAAAGCUGGUAUUCCAUAUCGAACGCUGAAGGAGCCCUGGAAAACCAUUGAAUUUGUAGGAAACAGGAGAGCAAAACUUCGAUCCAACUGAUAUGAAAAAAUUUAGUUAAUUUUUGGAUUUCUUUUA